CCCCCUCUUGGCUGGCCUGGCUGGGGAUGAUGUUGCCCGAUUCAUCUGGAGGGCACCAGGUUGAAAAAAACAGAUGUAAACAUGCUUCUACCAACUUCCUGCCCCAAAAGGGAUCAGCUGGAUUUAGGCUCUAGCAACUCUUUCCCCAGUCAGAUCCCUCCCUCCAUCUUAAGGCAGCUUCUGCCAAUUUAAUUGGUUUUUUUUCUUGGUAGUGUGGGCAUAAUGGCAGCUUCAGGAGCUGUGGAUCCUAAAUUCCUACAACAAGGUUGUAGGAGCCAGCUACCCCCCUGCUCACUGACAGAUGAUGAUCUGUCUGCUUAUCCUGGCUUGGCUAACCUUCUUAUGGUUCUGACGAAACAUAUGGAUUCUUCGGGGAUGAGCAUCGCUUUGGCCCAACCGUUGGAAGAGGCAAGGAAAGAAUUACACAUCCACCGUGCAAACUGGUUGAAGUGGGAGGCAUUGCAUCGGCUUUUGCAGGAAGCUUUGUGGGAAUCGGGAGCUGAUCCUGCCCCGCAGGAGAAAAAAUUCCUGGAGACCCUGGAGCAGCAGCUUCUAGUAGCGGAGUUAAAACGGAUGCUUGAUCUGGAUUCUUCUCUGAAAAACUCCCGUCCGUCUGUCCUUGGCUUGCAACCCUCUAAUUUAACAGAGUUUCUCCCUGCUCACCAAGAACUGGAGCAAAUGCAGAAGCACCUCCCUGCAGAGCUACAGAAGCUUCUUAAGGCCAAAUGUUUGGCUUUGCUGAAUUACUAUCGUCCUGAGAGUGAUAGUGCUGGAGGAACAGCCCAGAGUAUUAUGCUGGGGACCCUGGCAGACAGUCUCGCAGUAGAGAAGCAGCGUUUGAAGGAGGCCAGAGCUCAGCAGGAAGAACUUAUAGGAUGCCUUGAGCAGCAGAAAGCUGCUUAUCCCCAGGUCCUACUACGUUGCUUAGCCCUCCUGAAAUGCUUGGCCCGCGAGUUUCGCCUCGGUGUCCAGUCUGAACUUGACCAGCUCAACACGCAGUAUCUGGAGAUUAAAUGCAGUGCUAUGUUCCUAAAGAUACGGCUUGAGGAACUGAACAUCCUUUUGGAAACCUACACGCCUGAGAAAGUGAAUGCGCAUCGGAUGAUGAGGGACAACCUGCAGGCCAGUCUGAGCCAAGAAGAACGUGAUCUAGCCACUUCCUGCAAGAUCCUUUCGAACUACGAGAUACUCGGCCCUGAAUUUGAGGAAUUGGUAAAAGAAUACACACGGUUGCAAGCAAUCAUUGAGAACCGGCGGUGGGUGCUGACAGAAUUCAGCAAAGACUGAAGCGGCUGAAGCGUUUGAACAGCGACUGCUUGCAUGGUAGAAAUAGGCCACUUGGAUAAUGGAAAUGUCACGCAAUAAAACUCGAAAGACAAAAGAGAUAA